AUGACCACGUUGAAGAUCACCUGAUGUUCCUGAUCAGCGUCGCCUUUGCGGGCAGCACGAUAAUGGCGCUCACGUUCGCCUGGCUCGAGGUUGACGUGGCACUGGUGAACGUGUCCUGGCCGCUCGCCGCGCUCGUAGUCCUGUUGCUCGCCGCGCAGAGCUGCAUGUGGGGCCUGGCGGCAAUCUACGCGCUUUGCCUUUACCCGAAGGCUUAUCUCCGGUGGAAGAGAGAGCCACCACACCGACGGACUCAUUCAAGUGCCAGGCGCAGGAACCGCCGUAGGCGUCACAGAAGGAUGCGCUACAGCGAAAGCAACAGUCCGCAAACAGUUGACCGAAGGCCACACUCUGAAAGCAGUUCAAGGCACACUCGCAGCGUGCAGACAGUGUGAACUCACAA